AGAAGAAGAGGGUUUGGUAAAAGGAAUUCUAAUGUAUUGACGAUGAGCGAGAAGAGGGAAAAUAAGGAAAUGGUGAGCGACGACAACAACCCUUAUUAUGGCACAUUCCAAGGCGUCACCAAUUGUUAUCCUCCGUCUUUUCCCUCCGCUUAUCACCAACAACAACCGUAUCAUUUUCUUCCAGUUUAUGCUGUUCCUGACAGGCCAUUGAGAGAACGUCGACUUCCCUGUUGUGGACUUGGUGUGGGAUGGCUUUUGUUCAUAAUUGGUUGGUUUCUUGGUGGUGUUCCUUGGUACAUUGGAACUUUUGUUUUGGUAUUUGUGCAAAUGGAUCAUAGAGAAAAACCUGGACUCAUUGCAUGUGCAUUGGCUUCGUCGGUUACUUUGAUGGUGGUUGCCCUUGGUGUCACACAGGCAGAUCUUCAAAAGUUGAUAUGAAGCACAAAUCCAUUAAACUUUUCUAUUGUAACUUGCACUUUUAAUUUCGGUAUAAAAGUAUAUAAAAAUAUACUAUAAGUAUAGUAAAUUAUUUAAUUGUAUAUUUAUAUUUUAGCCUAAAUUUUAUA